UGUUUAUUCCCUGUCUGUUUCUUGUUCUCACAGCUUUUCCAUUUCUUACUACCUACUUCUGUUUUAUGUGUACCUUUGCCGCUUUUCUAAUCACAAAAUAAGAGAUCAGAAAUCAGCUGAAUCAAUUGUAAUGGAAGGAGAGGAAAACAUUCGUUUUGUAGAUAAAGAAUACAUUGAAACAAAUCUUGAGCCCACAGUAAACUUGUGUAGGAGGAAACUAUCAUGAUCUGAACUAAUGUAGAAUGCUUGUCUACAGUCACAGUAGUUCUCCUGAAUUCCAAAAAGAUGUAAUAAUAGGAGAUAAUGCAGGUUAGGCUAUGGGGUUAUAGGUUAUGGUACCAUACAGUGUCCUAGAUGUAACCAACAUUUCAGAGGAAUAUUCUGCCUCCAUGUCCUUGGUAGAAUGUGUUGGUAGCAGGUUCCCCCAAAAUGUUUGUAACCCCCUGCGAGACUAUGACCUCAUAUCGCAGAAGACUACAAUAUAAAUGUUUGUUGCCCUGAAAACAUCAAAUCUCACACAUCAAUUUAUUUAUAAGUGGGGAGGGGUCGUGCUAUAACAGGGCAGCCCUGGUGAAGUCUUUCCUUAUUUUAAUGACUUUAUAGCUGAUAAACGAAUAUUCUCUAAAUAAAGUACGCCUACGUAGAUAUAACUCCUGAAUAUUAUGAAAUUACGCGGGUAACAAAAUUACGUCUCAGUCUUCAGCGCUGAGAAAGGUCGAAAUUCUGCGUGGAGGUGUUUCAAGAUAUUUUCGUACUACCCAACUCCUCUGUGUUUGCGAUUAGAAUUGCUGAAUGUUUCGGCAGUUCAGUAAAUAAACAAGUAAGAUGACGAACAAAGGAAAAGUACAAUAUGAAUAUUUGUAUGAACUUAGAUGAUUCAAACAGGAAGAUGACGAACUUUAGGAUUUAAGGCCCUGACACCGGUGGUUAUAAAGAGUCCUAUCUUCUAGGAUAGAACACCGUGUAGUCCGUUGAAAACCAACCGACGUUUAGGAAGAACGUAUCGCCUCCAUCUUCCUGAGUAGUACUCUUCAUAAUAAUCCUUGUCUGACACCUAAACUAUCACGUGUUUCUCCCUCCCCCCUCAGAUUUCCCAUAGUGUCCGUAUAUGCUUCAUGAUAACAAGUCUAGACAGAAGUUAACAGUAGACGAAAUGUCUAAUAUCUCUAUCGUCUUGUGAAAUGUGAAUUAUUGUAUUUUAAAACAAGAGCAUUCUUUAAUGACAAAUUUGCGGUAACUGGCUGCAAUAUCAUGAUCUCUGUCCUCCCAUAUGUGUUCAGUACUGGUUCAGGAGUAGCGCCGAGGGUAGCCAUGUUGUGUGCAUGAACUUUGACGUUCAUCUGUCAGCAGAAGGAACGUGUCAUGAUCGAUUCAUUCUGUUGCAUGACGGCAUCUGGCCCCGCCUACCGUCCUGUUUCGUCCUUCCAUUCCUUUAGCUAUAAGUACGUAGGUUGAAUUGCAACGUUUGCAUGCAGCAUGUUUGCUUGGGGUGAUGUGGCUGAAUCUGUACCCUCACCUAGCAGUGGCGACCUGUGGAGAGUUUCUGUGCACAACGCUGUUCCUUUCGUUGGGUUUGGAUUCCUGGACAACUUCAUUAUGAUCAUCGCCGGUGAGCAGAUUGAGAUGAUGCUUGGCAGUGUCAUGGUGCUCUCCACAAUGGCCGCUGCUGCCUUGGGAAACACUAUCUCAGACAUAAUGGGCAUAGGUUCUGCCUGGUAUGUUGAGAGGCUGGCAGCUCGCAUUGGCAUGCGACCACCGAAGCUAUCCCCGAUACAAUUGGACAUGCCAUCUUCUCGACGUGCUGCCAACAUGGGAAGGGCUUUGGGUGUAACACUUGGGUGUCUUCUUGGAAUGAUACCUCUUUUAUUUCUUGGAAAGAAGAAAGAUGAAUCAAAUGAAGAUGAGCCCACAUGAAGUUGUGUGUUGUUCAGCAGACAAUAGAAAUCAGCUUGUAGAUAACUCAUGGCAUUUCCUGUAAUUUAUAAACACACAUAACGUAAAUACAGAAACCAUUGUAAGUCACAUUUCUUCAUACCAGGUAGUGAAAAGUGGUAUUUUAUAUUGGUGUGGAUUUCAGUAUCUUAUUUCUUACAAUUCUUUAUACAUUGACAACUACACAUAAAGACUUGCGUUUUAUAAUGCAUCUGUGCAUUGAACUUGUAUGCCUUCUCUGAUGUAAUCUUAAAUGCCUUCCUAUUAAGCAAUAUAUUUGGCUAUACAUAGUGAUAAUAUUAUUCAUAACAAGACCUCAUUAUUUUAUUUAUGCUCACUUUUCUGAAAUUUAUUACUGAUCUACCAAAAUCUUUAUUUGCCUACAGAAAGAUGCUUUCGACUUUUAACAUAAACAUUUUAUAAACCAGUAUGUCAGUAAAAUGAACAUAGAUGUGUAUUUUAAUGCAUGGAGUAUGUUCUUUGUAAGGCAAAUUUUAUAUUCACUUAGUAAUCGCUUUUGUUCACAGGGUUUACAGUAUUAACCAGUGACUUUUUUGUUAUAACUGGUUAGUUAGUUACUUAGACUACUAAAGUCAAAAUUCAAUUGCCUCCAAGAAAGAUAUAAAGAGACAUAGCCUACCUGACUGUGUUAUUUCACUUAGUCAUUGGAUGCAGGAUUUACUCCUAAGAGGCCAAGAAGAAAUAUAUAUUUAAGUUACUAAAUUAGCUGAACUAAUGUAAGUGGCAGCACAUUUAUUGUUUCAGUGUUUAGUUUUGGUUUAAUAUAUGAAUUCUGAUUCUUUAUGCAGAUUUCAUUGUAAACUCAAAAAUUUUCUGUAUGGAAUAAGAGAAACUUUAUUUUUUGUUACAGUUUACCCUUAAAAUAAAUGUAAAUAAGGCUCAAAAUGCCUCUUACAAGAUGAAUUGAAGUCAUGACAUGUAUUCCAAAGCACAUUUAUAGCAAGGCACAUUGUAACUGAUUACACAUAACCAACAGAUUACUUAUUUAAAUGACAUUCCAAUACUGUGCAUCUAUUAAGAUCUUUUCAUAUUAAGGAAUAGGAGUCUGCUGAUUUCCUUGUAGUAUUUGUAAAAGAUGUGGUGUCAUACUUAAUAGUAGAUAUUUGGAAAAUGUUCAUUGCAGAAUUUGGAGUUAAAACAUAAUAUAUUCAUUACAUUUGUAUGAAAUUCAUUUGUAUAGAUUUAGGCAUUUACAUAUACAGUCCGGCUGUUGUGGUAAUGCAUGUCUGGCUUGUAUUUAUGAA